CUGCUCAUUAUUCCCAUCUAUCGCAGCAGCCGGAGGAGGGAGGACAGGGUGUAGCCUGACACUGUGAGAUCGUCACAUCUUGCGUGCAGUUUAUUACUAGGGGAGAGGCAGCCAGAUAGCACAGAAAGAGGGAGGAAAAGAAAGAGAGAGAGAGCGAAAAGAGAGUGAGAGACCAGACAAGCGCUAGAGAGAUGGCGGAGUGCGGGCGGAAGGCGCUGUCUCUCCUGGAAGCGGCCCGCUCCCGGUACGAGAGCCUACAGAUCUCCGACGACGUGUUCGGCGAGUCGGGGGACGACAGCAGCGACAAUCCCUUCUACAGCACUUCGGCAGACUCCAACUCCGACAACUACUCCGCCGAGCCGGGCGAGGAGCAGCAGCAGCGGGCACUGGGCGACAACGAAAGCAUCCACGGCCGGGGAGUGGGAGGAGGAGGUGGGAGUGGAGCAGGUCCCCCGGGAUCAGUAUCCCGAAGUCAGGCGGAGGAGGACGGAUGGACCGAAGCCCUCCAGGAUGUCACGUUGCCGCUAUUCAAAGACACCUAUGGCCCUGCCCAGAAGAUGCCGGCCAAUGCCACGGCCCUGGACUUCUUCCAGCUCUUUGUCCCGGAUAACUGCAUCCAGAACAUGGUCAUUCAAACCAACAUGUAUGCCAAAAAAUUCCAGGAGCGCUUUGGCGCCGAUGAAGGUUGGUGUCCUGUUACGGCCCAGGAGAUGAAGGCCUUCCUGGGCUUCGUCACGUCCACCAGCAUUCACCGCUGUGAGUCGGUGCUCAGCAUCUGGAGCUCGGGCUUCUUCAGCAAUCGCAGCAUCGCUCUAAAGAUGAGUCAGUCACGCUUCGAAAAGAUCCUCAAGUACUUCCAUAUUGUGGCCUUCCGUCCAUCACAGGGCAGCAACCAGGGCCUGUAUAAGAUCCAGCCCUUCCUGGACUCACUGCAGCAAUCGUUCAGCUGUAGCUUCAGGCCCUCGCAGACACAGGUUCUUCAUGAGCCCCUGAUAGACGAGGACCCCGUCUUCAUCACCACCUGUACAGAGCGAGAGCUCAGGAAGAGGAAGAAGAGGAAGUUCAGCCUUUGGGUCAGACAGUGCACCUCCACUGGAUUCAUCUGCCAGAUCUCCGUCCAUCUGAAGGAGGGCCAAGGAACAGAUGGUCUGUCCACCCUGAAGAACAAGCCUCAGCUCCACAGCCUAGUGGCCAAGCAGCUGUGCCAGAACAUCUCCGGGAAAAACACCAUCAUCUUCACCGGGCCCUCCAUCACCAGCCUCAGCCUCUUCACUGAAUUCAGCAAACAAGAUAUCUACUGCUGCGGUCUGCUGAGUACCAGGAAGAGUGACUGCACGGGCCUACCCCAGUGCAUGCUGGCCUGCAGCUCUACGCCAGCCCAGCGGGGCCAGUCUCGAGUCAUGAUGAAGGGCACCAUCUCCCUGAUAAGCUGGUACAAUAAGGGACACUUCAGAUUCCUUACCAAUGCUUACUCCCCGACUAAACAAGGUAUGAUUAUUAAGAGGAAAAGUGGCGAGAUCCCGUGUCCCCUGGCUGUUGAAGCCUUCGCUGCCCAUCUCAGCUACAUCUGCAAAUAUGACGAUAAGUACUCCAAGUACUUUAUCUUCCAUAAACCCAAUAAGACGUGGCAGCAGGUCUUCUGGCUGACCAUCAGCAUCGCAAUCAACAACGCCUACAUCCUCUACAAGAUGUCCGAUGCCUACCCUGUCAAACGCUACAGCCGGGCGCAGUUUGGAGAGAGACUAGUCAGAGAGCUGCUGGAUCUGGAUGACUGCUCCCCCACACUGUGAGGAGGAGGAGGAGGAGGAGGAGG